AAGAAAAAAGAGAGUCUACACUACUGGAGCAAAAACAGUGUUUUGUUUUUGUUUUUGUGUUUUUACGUAUAACAAAAGAAUUCUCUCUGUGGAUGCCCUUGUUAUAUAUCUUCUACACAGAUAAAAAGAGAGAUCAGGAAAUUAUUAUGGACUGUGAUUUAUCUCUAUAUUCUCUUUCUCGAAUUCUCAGCUCCUUGUCUCCCAUUCCUUGCAUCAAGUUCUCCCAGAUGAUGCUAUCUUUCCGGCAUGUUGAUCAUCACCAGUUUCUUGCUCUCUAAGUUCUUCUUUAGCUUCAAGGGACUUGAGUCUACAAAAAGCUAGAGAACCAUACCAUAUUGUUGCGUGUGGUGGCAAUUUGAAUUGAAACAUUUGCCAUGGGGCAUUUAUCCUCCAUGUUUAAUGUAUUGGCAAGGUCAUUUUCAUUAAGGAAAGUGAAGAAUAAUGGGAACGGUGAUGGAAGAGAAGCCGCAGAUGUAAUGGUGAAAGACGCAAAAAAGAAUGAAAUGAUUUUGAGGUCAUCUGGCUAUGUAAAUGUUGACGGUUCGAAAAAUUUUGCAGCAGUUUGCUCGAGGAGAGGGGAGAAAGGAGUGAAUCAGGAUUGCUGCAUUGUCUGGGAGGGAUUUGGAUGUCAAGCAGACAUGAUGUUUUGUGGGAUAUUCGAUGGCCAUGGUUCAUGGGGCCAUUUUGUGGCGAAAACAGUCCGAGAGUCGAUGCCUUCAUCUCUUCUGUGCAAUUGGCAGGAGACUCUUGCUCAAUGUUCACUUGAUCCGGACAUCGACUUGGAAUCAGAUAAAAAGCAUCAAAGGUUCAACAUAUGGAAACAUUCCUACCUAAAAACUUGUGCUGCUGUUGAUCAGGAGCUAGAGCAGCAUCGGAGAAUAGAUUCCUUCUCUAGUGGAACAACUGCCCUGACAAUUGUUAGACAGGGUGAACUCAUUUUUGUAGCAAAUGUAGGCGAUUCUCGCGCUGUAUUGGCAACCACAGGAGAAGAUGGAAGCUUGGUACCAGUUCAACUUACUGUUGAUUUCAAGCCUAAUUUACCCCAGGAGGCAGAACGCAUACUUCAGUGCAAGGGCCGCGUAUUCUGCUUAAAUGAUGAGCCAGGUGUGCAUAGAGUUUGGCUGCCAGAUGCAGACUCACCUGGACUGGCAAUGUCCAGAGCCUUCGGCGAUUACUGUGUAAAGGAUUUCGGGCUAAUUUCUGUGCCUGAAGUGACUCAGAGGCAUAUAACUAGCAAGGAUCAAUUUGUUGUCCUGGCAACUGAUGGGGUAUGGGAUGUAAUCACCAAUCAAGCGGCAGUAGAGAUUGUAUCAUCAACACCAGAUAAGGCGAAGGCGGCUAAGCGUCUAGUUCAGUCAGCUGUCCAUGCUUGGAAACGCAAGAGGAAAGGGAUUGCAAUGGAUGAUAUAUCAGCUAUUUGCCUCUUCUUUCACUCCUCUCCUUCAUCUCAACAAGUUCAUGCUGCUAGUUCACCGAAAUAGUGAUCAUAAAAUGUAAAUGAGCAAGGUCGUCCUAGCUGCUCCUUGAUGUUUCUUUACUUAAACAUUCCAAUUUAGUUGAUUAGAGAAAGUGUUCGUGCCAUGCAA